AUGAGCUGUGCCUUGGCGGCCCGUUCGCCGCACGUUUCUCCGCACAAAAUUUCACCACAACAGAUGGAUGAAGACACCCCGUCAACGUCAUCGAUGGGGAGACCCCAUGAGAGCUCUCCCGCACAAUUGGUCUCAUCACUUCUACCGAUUCAACCUUCACCAAUUCUCUCAGCAACAGUCUUAUUAGAAGCUUCAUCAGCAGCUCAAUCAUCUCUUCUUUCAUCAGUUCCUUCAGCAACCUCUACUCCAGCCACAACUACAAUCUCUCCUCCGAAAAUCAUCACCGAGCUGUCCCAUCGUCCGAAUUUGCCCAGCACGAGCGCGCUUAACGGGGAAAAUCAUAGAAACGAGAAUGGAGAGGGCCAACGUUUCAUCCGAAGAUCGAUCGCCGCGAGAAGAAGCGAUGCUGAAAGGGCACAGGCUCAAGCGCAGGCUGAGGGUCAACGAAAGAGUCUACGAAAUAAAGGGGAAAUCGUCGACGCCAACUAUGUUGAUGUCGCGGAUUUCAAGCAGCCUCGUCCUGUCAAUCCACCAAUCGGCCUACCACGUCGUGCCUUUCAUCCACCACAAACCACUUCUGAGCAAGAUAAACAAAUUGAGCGUCUUAAAAUCCAUAUGGUUGGUCCAAAAGGCGCAAAAAAUCGAAUGAUGAGCUCGUCGGUUCACGAUUUCGAUGAAGGAGCGAAAAGGAGUGAAAUGGAGAGAGCAAGGAGAAGACUUUCAGCCGCGAUUCAUAUUGGGCCAGAGUUUCAAGCUAAAUUCCCCGAGUUGGACCAAUUCGUCGAGCCACCGCAAUCGAUGCGCGACGCCGAACCCGAUCGGGAUCAACUCAUUUGGAGAGAUCGAGAUGGACAAUCGGUACCCGUGCAAGAGCUUGAUGAUGCGUGGACGGCAAUCAGACGGCAUUGUGGAGGGAUCAUUCCAAUGGAUUCGAUGUUACACCGAUUAAUGCUCUCUCAUCACUCGGUCGACGAAAUGCUCAUCAACAUCGAGAAAGAGUUGUAUGAGUUCCUACCCGCUUCAAUGGAUCCCCUUUCUGAGGGAGAACGGCGCGAGUUUGAGCGCCAUCUCCGCCGAACCGGACACGCUUGUGCAAAGAAAUUCCGAAUGAUGCAAGAUAAAUUUCUGAAAAAUCAUUGGCUUGGUGAAAUUGUGGCUUAUUAUUACGAGACGAAACACCGGGGAUGUCCCACGGAGGAGUACAAUUUGUGCACGUGCCGAGCCCUGGAUCCCGAGGAACGCUAUCAUGUGUCCCGAGUCGAAUGCAACAAUUGUACUCAAGAGUUUUGGCCUGGCAGAAGAAAAUGCAAGCUUUGCCCUCCAUGUGCCCUAUAUUUCAAAAGAACCCACUCAACAAUUCAUCGGCCAAUUCGAACCCCGAUCACUUUAGAAGAACAGGGAAUUGUGAAGAAAUGGAGGGAAGUCGAGGAGCGACUUGGCGUUCACAAAACGUUAUCUCAAAUUCUCGCGAUAAUGGAAGAUCAGAGACAACGAGAGAUUCGAAGAAGUGCCGGAGGACAGAAUGGUGAUGAGAUAAUACCAAAAGCUCCAAUUCCUAACAAGAAGCGGCGACUUAGCUCGGACGAAAUCGCGAGACUUUCCGAGAAGAAAAGAAUCAUCACACAAGAAAAUUGUCCUUUCCUUCACCCACAAAUGAAAUCGAUCCGUGCUGGGAUCCUUGUCGAUUUCAACGCCGAGGAGACGAUCAAAACGGUUCAAGGUAUUCAAAAAUAUGGUACAAAAUGGGGAACAAUUGCCUGUUUGGUGGGCAGAGAGCCGCACGAGGUUGAGCAAUUCUAUCACAAGUACAAGGGGAAAUAUCGGCUGGAUUUGAUCAAUCAACCGCCAACCCCUCCAAAGCGUGUCGAUGCACCGCGAUCCUCAUCAACUUCUCCCGAUGUGCAAGUGAAUUCCCGAAAGCGGCCAUCGAUCCCUGGUGACUCCACGUAUUACUCCACCAAUUCGUCAAUGGUUCUUGCAAAAUCCCCAAGAAAAACUCGAUCCACAGCUAACACAUCGAGCGAAUCGAUCACUAUGCCAAUAAUC